AUGCCUUCAGCGUUUGCCCUCCCGUGGCACCGUUACCUGAGGCACCAGCGCUGCCUGACGCACAGGAGCCCCGUGCUCGGGACAGACCCGGAGCCGGGACAGCGGGGCCGAGCGGACCGAGCCCUGCACACCCAGGGCCGCAGGGGAGCGGAGGUCCCGCAGGCCCGGUACCGGGGGCCCCCUCAGCACCGGGGCUGGGGCGCGGGGUCCAGCCGAGGGUAUGGGGUGGAUGCGGUGGAACGAAAGCUGUUUUCUUCUGAUGCCAGCACGCAGGCUGCAGGGCUCGGGCUCGGCAGGACACCCGGCAUGCUGCCCUGCCGCUUAGCGAGCAGGGAAGCGAAAUACAGACAACAGGCACCAGCUUAUCCUGCUCUGGACGGACGCAUCCGGCAUGCGUUUGAAGACAGUCUAAGGAACAGAGAGGCUGUUGUUGAAAGAUCCUCGGAGCUGCUGGAGCUGCUCAGGAAAGGAGGGGGACAUGAGGCCGUCAGCCAUCACACCCAGAGGAACAAGAAGCUGUUUGCGCAGGAGCGCCUGAAGCUGCUGCUUGACCACGAGUCUUUCCUUGAGCUGUCUCCACUGGCAGGGCUCAACAUGCCCUAUGGGGAUGUCCCUGUUGCUGGGUGCCUUACUGGAAUUGGCAGAAUCUGUGGGGUCUGGGGUGUUUUCAUGGCAAACGAUGCAGCUGUGAAAGGAGGAAUGAUUUAUCCCAUUGGGGUGAAGAAACACGUAAGAGCUCAAGAAAUAGCCAUGCAGAACAGGCUGGUACCUGUGUACCUGGUUGACAGCAGGGGAGCAUUCCUGCCACUGGAGGCAGAGCUGUUUCCUGACAAGUCACACGGUGGCAGAGUUUUCUACAAUGAAGCGAUAAUGUGCCAGGAGAAUCCCUCAGUUUGUUUUCUAUCAAUUGGAAAUGAGGUUUCAAUAUUAAUAAUCAAUAAUGUUCUCUCUCCCAGUGUCUGUGGCUGCAGUGACCAUUUUGCAUCUUCAGAAAAGGAAGCCUAUGAAUGUGUUCGAAACAUUAUCCCCACACUGAAUGAUGAACCCCUGCCAGAGGAGGCCAUAGAGCACGGCAGCCCUUUGUAUAGCUCUGAUGUGCUCCCGGGACUGGCACCAUGGGGUUACAAGUGUACUCUUCCCAUCAAGUUGAUCCUGAGCCGUCUGCUGGAUGGAAGCAGAUUCCAGGAAUUCAAGGCUAAUUACGGAACCACAUUAGUAACAGGAUUUGGCCAUGUGGAAGGGCACUUCGUGGGGAUAGUGGCCAACAACAGUGAGCUGCCUCAUGAUGCUUCUCUCAAGGGUACCCACUUUGUGCAGCUGUGCAGCCAGCAGAGCAUUCCCAUCCUCUUCUUCCAGAACACAGCUCCACAUGCAGCAGAGCCAACAAGCGUCUCACAGGCAGAGGCUCGCACCAGCAGAUUGAAAGCCCAGACCUCCAUGAUGGCUGCUGUUGCUUGUGCUGCUGUUCCCAAAAUAACCAUUGUAGUUGGUGGCUGUUUCAGGAGCGAGAGUUACAUUAUGUGUGGGAGAUCGUUCAGCCCAAAUUUCUUGUUCUUGUGGCCUAAUGUAAGGGUUGUUCUUGUGGAUUCAAGACAUCUCUCCACAGUCCCACAGGCUGGGGACAGUGACCACAGAGGAGAGGAAGCAGAGCUAAAACAGCUUAAAGAAAAGCUAGAGGAAGAAAGCAGUGCAUUUUACUCCUCUGCCAGACUCUGGGAUGAUGGCAUAAUUCUACCUCAAAACACUAGAAAGGUGAUUGCACAGUGUUUGAAGAUCACGGAACAGCCGAAGUACCAGGUCAUGUGUCGGUGUCAGCAUCCUGUCACCAGGAUGUCACUACGGCCACAGUCAAAUCAGCCCUUUGAACUUGCACCAUGUACUAGAAAUCUUUAAUAUAAGCAAUUUUCUAACUCUUUGAUAGCAUUAAUAAAAACACUGAAC